AUGUAUUUAACUGAAAAUUUAAUGCAUAAUUACAGGAUUCCUCUAAUCCGUUUUAAGACAAUAAGAAGAGCCCUGAGUGAACGUAACAAACUCGAAGAAUUUCUCCUACAUCACAAUUCAGAUGCCUUUGUCCGCAAAUACAAAAGCUGUUAUCCUUCAGCAGUUUUAAUGAUUCAUGCUGGCACCACUUCUGAGCAUUUAUCAAAUUAUUUGGAUGCCCAAUAUUAUGGAGAGAUUAGUAUUGGAACUCCACCACAGACAUUUACUGUAGUGUUUGACACUGGCUCAUCUAAUCUCUGGGUGCCUUCAGCCUAUUGCAUCAGUGAGGCAUGCCGACUACAUCAACGCUUUCAAUCAUUUUUCUCAACAUCAUAUUCACCCAAAGGAAACUAUUUUGCCAUACGAUAUGGCACUGGGCAACUUAUGGGAGUGUUGGGUAAAGAUAAACUCACAAUUGGAAACAUUACUGUAAAUGGACAAGAAUUUGGGGAAUCUGUCUAUGAGCCAGGCUCAACAUUUACCCUAGCAAAUUUUGAUGGUAUUUUAGGUCUAGGAUAUCCUUCUUUAGCUGAAGGUGGAGCCAUUCCUGUAUUUGACAGAAUGAUGUACCAGGGACUGUUGGAAGAACCUAUAUUUUCCAUCCUAAUAAACAGAGAAGCUGAUGGUGAAAAUGGUGGCGAAUUGCUCCUGGGAGGCAUCGACCAUUCACGCUACACAGGCCCUAUUAAUUGGGUCGAUGUGUCCCAAAAGGGUUACUGGCAAAUAGAAAUACAAAAUAUAACAUUUCAAGACACCAUUAUCUGUAGGAGUGGGUGCUCUGCAAUAGUUGACACUGGAACCUCCUUGAUAGCUGGUCCUUACACCUCAUUAAGACACAUGUUUCCUGAUGAUUCUCAAACACAGCUUCGCAGGGGAGAGCUUAUAGUAGAGUGCAAAAAAAUACCCAUGCUGCCAAGUCUGACUUUCACUAUUGGAGGGGUAGAAUAUACGUUGGAAGCCAAAGACUAUAUUAAAAAGUUUCAGGAAGAACAGGCAAUGUGUCUAUACGGAUUCCAGGCAAUAAAUAUAUAUUCUUCUAAAGGACCUCUUUGGAUUCUGGGAGAUGUUUUUCUUGCAAAAUUCUACACCAUUUUUGACCGGGGAAAUGACAGAGUGGGAUUUGCUAAAUCCCGUCAUGCAUUGAGCAGUCGUAAAAGCACAGAAGAUUGA